UUGGUGUCUAGUAUUUUAUUACGAAAAAGAGUCGUUAUUGCAACUUCUGACAUUAGGUAAGUAAGUAUUUAGUGAAAUGUUCUCGAUAUACCUAUAGUAAUAACAAUGCAAGAGGUAAGGAUGCUAAAAUGCACAGAUAUUAGAACAUUAAAUAUUCUAUAAUCUCUGUGGCUAAAUGGAGAUUGAUGAAUGAAUGGAUAUUUAUGUAAAAAACCUAAAUGUCAACGUCAUCAAACGUCAUUGUCAUGUCAUAUAAUUCGGCAAAUUAAAGGAUUUGAGAAAGCUAAUGGUGUGUUGAUUGUGUAUGUAAAUGAUGGAAUGAUAUAAAUCUAUUAUUUUAUUGAGUGUACAGUAUGUAAUAAAACUAUGCCUCGUGAAAAGAGCCGUUACCGAGAUAGGCGUAGCUCAUCAUAUAGUUCUGAAUCAUCAUACGAGCGGAAGAAAUCUAGAAGCAAACAUAAGCGUAAAUCUCGUUCGCGGGAUCGUUCAGAGUCUAGUAGCCACCGGCGAAGGCGGUCUGUUUCGAGGUCAAGGCAUAAAAGGAGGAGUUAUUCGAGGAGCUUAUCAAGGGAUCGGGAUCGCUACGAGUCUAAAUCAAAGAGGCGGUCAUCUUCUCGCUCUCGUACGAAGCGGUCCAGACGCUCAGUGUCCAGGGAUAGAUCGCGGUCGAGCUCUCAUGGCAGAUCUAGGUACAAGAGCAAGAAGUCAAAGCGAUCCAAGUCUUCGAGUAGUCGUUCUAGUUCAUUUGAUAUUGAAAGACCUCUGUCAUCCAAAAAGGUGAACCUUGAUGACACAGAGACAAAAGUGGAGAAAGCCAUCAAAGCGGCAGAGGCUGCUGGUUUGACCAUGACUAAAAUACCUACAUAUGAAUACAAGGAAGUAGAGAUCAAAGAAGAAAUGCCAACAAUACAUGAUAGGAAUUUAUUAGCGGAACUCAAUAAUGAUUCUUUUGUCCAAAAAACCUUCACAUCUUCAAGAUCAAAGAAACAAAAUCAAAAUAUUGUUAUAGAUCUUGAUUCUCAGACUGUGACAGUCCCAGAGUCAGAGGUCAAGAAAGAUGACUCCAUUAUCAAUAUUGAUGAAAUAGAAAGUGAAGAGGUGCGGAAAGAAAUGUGGAUAAAGAAGUUGUACCAAUACAGGAAAAGGAUGCUCAGAGGAGAAAUAUAAAAUAAAUGACAACAAUUCAUAAUUUUUUAUUGCUCUAAAAUGUUGGUUCUACACUGAAACUACAACCCAAUUAGGUACUGACCCAAUAUUUUGGAAACAUUAGUGUUUUGGCAUUUUUAUCUGACUGAUGAUUGGUCAGUUUCGUAUAACAUGUUCUGAUGCUUAUCCAGUCUCAGAUAUUUAAAUUGUUCAUUUAGAUUCUUAAAGAAAAUUAUACCUAGUUGGUAAAAGAGUUUUAUUUUUCACAGUUUAUAGUUUAUAAAAGCCAGUAAGUUAUUCAUUAAAUUAUGUAACAUUGACUCUCAAGUAAAAACACCAGUAAGUAACCUAAAAUAUUUUUUAUUGAACACAUCAACAUAACAACUGGCAGGCGCAACACACAAUUUUAACAUCAUCUGGUACUACUAGUUUAUUUACAGCACUGCUAUAACUUUAGACAUUCACGAGUUACUGGUGGAAGUUCAUAGGUUGUUCCUUUCCCGCUGAAUACGACUGCUGUAAGUCCGCGAUACAAGGUUCCACGCAUCCAUGUAUCUGUCCAUGCACAUAGCGAUACAUUUCUGUUCAGAGUUAUCUAAAGCUGUACCCGGUUUGUUGAUGCACUUCUUGAAGCAUUUUUCUGACAUUUUCGUUAGCAGUUCCUGUGCAUUUGCGAUCGCGAUUUGCUGCUUAACCUGAUCCAUUAACUCCUCUUUCUGUGCACCGCUCAAUGACCCGGUUGUUAAAGUAUCCAUCUUC